AUGGCGACAAACGGCACAUCAAGUAAGCCCAUGGACUAUCUUGGCCCAGAUGGAGCGAAGAAAAAAAGAACACGCAUGCCGAAACGCAUCAUGAGAAGGACGAAUGAGACGCCGCUGGAGUACUUGAAAGUUAUGGAGGAUAUAUAUAAGGAUCUACACGAUAAUUUAAAAUCACCGGCAAAGACUUACGAUCCGAAGGCUGCUGCUGCUGCGGUUCUAUAUAAGGCAAAGAUGACGGAGCUGGUGGAUAAGGAAUAUCUUAGGUCAGGUUCGAAAAUGGAUAUAAUGACAAACAGCUUGCUUGGUACCAUCACUAGGGCGGUCAAUGGGCAGGCAAUUAUGGUAAUUCGGGCUGCACGCUGGAUAUCAUAUCAACAAGACCACAUAGAUCCUCAGUUCACCUCGAAUGUCGCAGAUCCUAUAAUAUCUCUCCUCUUCGGUUGUCUGGGCCCCAGUCCUCAUCAGGUAGCCGCUGACCUCGUCAUGCAAUGGCAGCGGUACCACGAGAUUGCUCAUACAUUUGGAUGGCGUUAUCUUUCUAUCCUUGCGUUCUCAGACACGUUCAGGGAGUAUGCCUUGAAAGCCGCGGAGCAGAAAUGGGUUGAGUGGCUCAACUACGCCGACGAUGCUCGGUUGAGUAUUGAGGUUCUCGGUUCGUUCUACUGCCCUGCAUGGCGCGACAUUUUGAGGCGGGGAUUAGGGGGGAUUGAUAUGAAACUGUUUACGGAGGAUGAAGAAAUGGUGGAAUAUAACGGUCAUCAUCACUUAUGGGGCUUCACGAUUGAAAAUGAUAAAGUUAUGAAAGCGGAGAAGAUAGUAACCUAUGAGGUCAUCGAGAAGGCUAUAAUUCGGACGGGUCUUAAAGGCGCGCUUGGUCCAGACCCGAGAGAUUUGGUAAAAGAGGAGAAUGCAAAGCGUUGUGUAGUUUGUGGACAGGCGAUUUGUGAUUGUCCAUCACACGUGUGGGCGCCCUGUUUGGUAGAGAUCGUUAAUGUUGGUGCGAGAGGAUUUGGUGUCCGGGCUUUACAGAACAUUCAGGCAAAACAGUGUAUCGGAGAAUAUAUUGGCGAGAUUGUUAAUGCAGGACAAGCCCUGUAUACACCGGAUAGCUAUAUGCUCAGAGGACACCUUGGUAGCAAGAAUCGUCCCAAAGAGGCCAAUUACUAUGUCACAUCCAACAAGAAAGGAAAUUGGACAAGGUUCGUCAAUCACGCGUGUUAUGAGUUUUCGAACUGCAGUAUUGACCACCACGAAUAUCGAGGGAAGAUGUAUGCUGUGUAUGUCUCACGUAAGAAUAUUGCAAUGUAUGAGGAGCUCACAGUGGAUUACGGACCGGGCUACUGGGGAAGUUCACUUUUUCCAUGCUUGUGUGGUGCGAAUAGACAUUACACCGACAAGAAUACAUACAAGUGA